GGGCUCUGUUAGCCUUGUAAGGUUCUAGGUGUAGGAGUUCGGGGAUGGUCGAAUAGUCAUCACAGGAAAGUUUACAGCAUAAUAGCAGGCGCUGCACAGGCUCUGUAAACAUGAAGAUGUGGUUGACUGUGUGUGGUGUGCUGCUAUUCUCAGCAGUAUCUAUAGCCCAGCCACCUCUAGAAUGGACCCCAGAUACUUACCCCAACCCAAGACGUGACCCUGCAGCGUGUGGUAGACCGUACGUAAAUGCCUCCUGGGUGUGUGACCCUAAUGGGCUCAUCACAGUGGAAGAGGCUGAGGUGUUGGACUAUAUAAUUGAUGGUAUGGUCAACACUGACACCCCUUGUCCCUGCAGUGCAUAUGAGUGUGGCAGGAAUAGAAAGGGCUAUUACAUAGGCAUAGCACUGAUGAAUAAAAUCAAGAGGCACCCAAACGACCCUGACACUGAGGAGAAUUUGAUGAAUGCUGCGCUGAAGUUUGCCUAUGACCUGCAGAACGACCAGUGGAAAUAUGGCACCUGUAAACAGUCCAUCAUCAUCCUGUUUUCAAAGGAGGAUGACAUGCUGUACACUGUGACUGGAGGCACUGCCAGGCUAGUUUUAACAGACCCACUAGUCAGUACCAUCACUGCCAAUGCAUGGGAACAUUUCCAACCUGGGGAAGAUCUGUCUGUUGGUCUAAAGAAGAUGGUCAUCAAUUUCAAAGAGGUGUUCAGGAAUGAAUACUACGAACUGGCACACUUUGUGGAUUACUCUGCUAUUGGUGGAGCAACACCUUUGCACUCAUCAAACUUAUUGUACGGCUUUUGUACCUUACUAGGAACUAUUUUCAUGACUUGGUUACUGCAUGGUUAGAUGUUAUAUUAUUGUUUUGAUGUCUUGUGAUUUACAAAUCUCCCUAGAAUCUCAUCUUCAUUGUCAUAAGUUGAUACACCUGGUUAGGCUGGAGGGUAGGUUUUUUUACUUCUGUUUGUAACAAUUUUGCAAAAACACAAUUUUUUGCCAGUCUGAAGACACUUUUUAUGUAAAGGAAGACUGAAUGAAAAUUCUUGUCUUCUGUGCUCUCCAUGAUAUUAUGAAUGGAAAAUUUAAUCAAGACUCAUUAAUCUGAACUUCAGAAUUUGAAUAAACUGAGAUUUUGUCUUUGGUGCCUUAGGAAAUGAGACAUUUACAGUAUUUUGUAUUUCUUCUCUAUAGAUUACUAUAUUUUGUCUUCCUGUUGUCUAUUUGGUUGUGAUAAAUCAGUCACUGUGUGAGACUGUGAAUUUACAUCUAUGCAAACCAGAAGGUUGCUGCAUUUACCAGCCAUCCUGGAUCAAUCCUCUGUUCGCAACACUAGUCUUUGUUCUAUCCAAUGGAGACUGGUGCCUUGUCAUGAGUUCUCUUCUACCCAGUGUUACAAGUGCCUUAAAUCGUGUUCACACGAUUUUUUUUGUGGUAUUGACUUAUUUUAUUUGACUUGUUGAACAGAAAGAGAACAAUUGCUGUUUCGCUAGCAGAAUUCACACUGUGGGAUUCAUUGAAUUCUAAAAUAUAUAUGAAAAAUCGUUCUGUCUUUCGUUCAAUUAGUCAAAUUUUUAUGUUUCCAUACCACAAAUUAUACUCUGUUGACCUAUGAUAUAGAUAGCAUUAAUGGUAAUCAUAAGGGUGCUUAAACUAUAUCACGAGGAACUGUAAUUAUUAAACAUUUUCUAAGUGUUGCAUUAUGGAUUGAAGUUUGUGUGACAUUUUUUUUGUACAUUAUCAGCAUUUCUACUUUUGUAGAUGUAUCUAUUGGUGAUGUCUAUACAUAACUAAUGUUUGACAGUUGCUUUUUGCAUGUAGAGUAGUAGUUGUUAGCAUACAUGUACAUUAAAUGUAACUGCACUGGCUGCUGGUGCUAUUUGUCUCAUAGAUGAUAUCUUGGAAUUAGUUUUGUGUGUAAUUUAUAGAACUGUGCAGUUGCAUGGUUUAGCGAGAGACAUUUUGACAAAUUGACAUCCAGAUUAAAUUGAAUUUACCGUAGAUUGCGUGUUAUUAUUUGAUAACGUCUUGCCCUAUGGGUUAUUUGUACUCGUACACAUUUAAAGCAGUUUUCUCAAGCUCGCUUGACAUAGUUCGAAAACUUUGGCCAGUUGGUAUAGUUAACGAGUUCAGGGUCUUGUCAGUUAUUGAUGUCACAUCUUUUCACAUCUGUUGAAACUAACAGAUUGCUGUGGUAAAUGUGACAAAUGACGUAAAGCCUUAUACUUUGAUUCAAUAUUUUGGUAUCAAGAAGAGUGAAAACGUGAAAAAAACAUUUAUGCUUGAAAUAGCCAAUCAGUGUGAUUUCUGGCCUAACAGAUUUUGGCGCAGUUGUUCACUACAUUGAUUUUUCCAGAGACAUUUAAGCCAUUUGGAUGGAUAAGUGUAAUUAUACAGGUACUGGCACACCUUUCAUAAAUCAGAUUUAGUUAUCAGCUUCUUCACAGCAUAAAUGUGUGAUGAUUUUAUAAAAGUCUGUUAUACUGCCAAUUUUGUCUUUUAAUUUUUUAAGUGGUUUGUUAUCACAGUUGUAUUUAGUGCUACCUUUAUCCAUUAUAUACAUGUACCUGAGCUUUUAGCCGUAUUUAUUUGUGUCAAUAAACAUUUUCUUUUAUUACAUGUA